UCUGGCUCUGCCCAGCGUUUCUGCAAGAUGUGUCGUGACUGAUGAAUGGUGCCAUCUGGUUUGCUGCUGCAGCACUUGCUGCCGUUUUGGCCCGCGGCUGGGUCAUUGCGCCGGCGCUGGUGACCCUGGCCCUGGCGCUGCUGCAGCUGCCCCGCCUGCGGCGCCUGCGCCGCCGCGCGGACGGCGAGCGCCGCCGCCUCGCGGCGGCGGAAAAGCGCCUCGCGGAGGCGCAGCGCCGCAGGCGGCGCCUGGCCUCCGAGUUGGCCGAGUCCAGAGGCCGCAAGGCCAAGCAGGAAGCCGCAAAUGCACUGGAAGCUGCGAUGUGUGACAAGGGCGCCCAGCUCUCCGCCUCCGCGGCCGCCGCGGCCGCGGCGGAGGCCUGGGAGCUGCAGCGCGCCUGCGAGGCCUUGCUGCUGUGCAUCGCUUGGGCCCAGCAAGAGCCGUGGGCCGUCGACGGAGCCUCCGUGGCGAAGCCGCGCUGUGCCAGCGCCAACUACUCCGCCGCCUUCGCGGAAUCGCUGGCGCAGAGCGCGCAGGGUAUGGAGAGUGGAGAGGCUGUCCAUGCGCUGACAACUCGACGUAUGCGCCGGGCUUUGACCACACCCGUGAUUGAGACAGAGGAGGUGCUCCAGCAGUGCGCGGGCGCGCAGCUGGAGAACGCGUUGAGCUCCGCCCUGGAGGGCCUUCAAAGCGCCGUCGCCUGGUGGCGCAGCUAGAGACCCGAGAUGCGAUGAGCACGGCGGGGCCUCAGCGACCAGAGUCCUUUGCGUGGCCUGCCGGAACAUUUGGCGGGCUGCAGGUAGGCACA